AUGGAUCCUAUCAAGUAUGUGUUUAAGAAAGCUGCUCUCUCUGGACGAAUAGCAAGAUGGAAAAUGAUAUUAACAAAAUAUGACAUUCAGUACACUACGCAGAAGGCAAUUAAGGGAAGUGUGUUGGCUGACCAUUUGGCUCAUCAAGCUGUAGAUAACUACCAGUCUAUGAAUUUCGAAUUUCCAGAUGAAGACAUUAUGCUUGUUAUUGAUUACGAAGAGCCUGGUCCGGUUGAAGGACCUGAACCGGGAUCCCGAUGGACUAUAGUUUUUGAUGGAGCUUCUAACGCCCUGGGAAAUGGUAUCGGUGUUGUGAUCGUCUCUCCCGGAGGUUGCCAUACACCAUUCACCACUAGACUAUGUUUUAACUGCACCAACAAUAUGGCCGAAUACGAAGCAUGCAUCCUAGUUCUCAAAGCUGUAAUCGACUUAAGAAUCAAGGUUUUGGAAUAA